AUGAGUCGACUCAGCGAACAGCAGAUUGAUAUCAUGGGAAAGCAGUUUUAUUCGCUUAUAGCCGACUCUGUGGAGAACAUGGACCGACCAGAAGCGGUAGUCACACACAUGCUAAAGCGUUUUGGCGCAACUUCCUACGCGGCAUUAUGUCAGCUCGGUUUUCGCCCUGACUAUUUUGCUCCACUAGCUGAUGCCGCAAUUGCAGAAUGCGUCAAACUUGACGGCGGUGCACACAAGAGGUGUGAGACGCUUCUGGCAUGGAGUCAACUGAUCAGCGCUAUUUUCACAUCUGUUCGAGACGGAUAUUACAGUCGUGUACGCUAUCAGAGGCGGUAA